UAUUAGAGACAGAUUCAACAUGCACCAGAAUGUCACAAUUUGAGUCGGAAAACUUUUCGGCUUCUUGUCCAUCUUCUCAAAUAUCAUCUUGGAGUAUAGAAAAUUGCGAACAAAGCCGCUCCCUUAGUGACAUUAAUAGAGCAUUUGACAUCAUUGGUAAUGGAAAAAUAAGUCCUAUCAAGUUCCAAAUUAGAAAGGAUGUAGAGGAUCUUAAACCACGAACACUGCGGACCUUAAAAAGGAAAGCCCAGGCAACUAUUCAUGAGGCUCUUGAUUGCCUUGCUCCAUUGCAAGGGAAAAAAGUGUUGCAAUUGAUAGAAAAUGAAGUGAGUUCUGUUCCAUCUCCAAAGGCUGAUGAACUUAUUCUCCAUCUGUACAAGGAGUCAACAGACAGAAAUGUCAAGAAGCAGCUUCUUUCUAUGAUUUGCUUUGACUUCAGUAAACAGAAGCUCAGAGACCUGGUUCCUGGCUUGAGUACAUAUGCUAUUGACCAAGCUCGAACACAUGCAAAAUCUCAUGGAAAAGGUGCUGUACCUCCAGAAAAAGAUAAACUAAUUCGUCAAAGAAUUGAUAAAGAGAAACUGGAACAUGCUCUUGAUUUCUUUUUGAGUCCAGCUUUUCACCAGGUGACUGCAUUUGGUACAAAGGAUAUGUGUUUGCAGAGUGGGGAAGUCAUGACUGUUCCUGAAGUUGUAAGGACAGCUUGUCACUCAACUCUGGUAAAUAUAUACCAGUCUUUCUGUCAAGAAACAGAGUAUAGUCCACUGUCCCGAGCUACCCUGUUUAGAAUUCUCAGAGCUUGCCCAGCAUCGAAACGUACAAAUCUUAAGGGUUUGGAUAAUGUUGCAGCAGAUGGUGCUGUAGGGUUUGACACACUUCUUGAAACACUAACCAGCAUGGAGACAUAUAUCACUAAUAGUGACAAGAGUACAUCCCUGAAAGAGUGUAGAGAAAACUUGCUGGCAGCAAAACUGUACAUGAAAACUGACUAUAAGGCUCAUCUUAAACAGAAAGACUCUUGUGCUGAUCACUGUAUCAACUUUGCUCUAAGUGAUCCCAAAGACCAAAAUUAUCAGCAGAUGUGUUCGGACCACACCCACAACUUAAAAUGCGACAGAUGUGCCAUAUUGCCAGAUACCUUUACAGAAAUUAAAAAACAUAUGGAAAUUUUGCAAGGUGCAAUUCCAACGGACAUAUAUACAGAUAUGUAUGCAGACCUUGAUUGUGCCUUUGGAAAGAUCAUGGACUGGAAAAGACACAUAUUAAGAACAGUUAACCAGGACAGAGGGAGAAGUGAACUCUUAAAAGGUCUUUUGCCAGAACAAGCCGUAAUCGUGAUGGACUGGGCCAUGAAGUUUCUCCCUAUGGCUUACAGGGAGAAACAGAGUGACUGGUUCGGGCAGAAGGGGGUCAACUGGCAUGUGUCUGUCUGUAUUCACAAGUCAGAGAAUAAUGAGUUAAAGCACAGGACCUUUGCUCAUUGCCUUGAGGCUACCAAACAGGACUGGAAUGCUGUGUCUCUUCUCCUGGAACACACCCUUUUGACCAUUAAAAGUCAGUUGCCCCAGAUCACCGAAGUGUUUCUGCGCAGUGACAAUGCUGGCUGCUACCAUUGUAGCAACCUUUGGCUCUCCAUCCCAUUCAUCAGCCAAAGAACAGGAAUUUCCAUAAGAAGAUAUGACUUCAGUGAGGCACAGAGUGGGAAGUCCUAUUGCGAUGCCAAGAUCGCACAUAUGAGGGCCAAGAUCAGGAAGACUGUAAUAGAGGGAAAUGACGUGCUGUGUGCUGCGGACAUGAAAUCUGCAAUUGAUAGGUAUGGUGGUGUGACUGGAUGCCAAGCAGCUCACAUUGAGAUCAACAGUUUCCCAACAGAUUCUUCAACAGGGCUUAUUAAAGGGAUAUCAAAGAUUUCAAAUGUUGAAUUUCAAGAUGAUGGAUGUAUGAAAGUUUGGAGAGCCUAUGACAUUGGAAAAGGGAAAGAUAUGGCUAUUCAAGGAGAGCUUAAAAAUCAAGAGAGGACAGUGAAUGUUAUCGCAGACUUCACACCGCCUACAAAGGUUGAAGGCUCAAUAAAGCAAAGAAACUCUGAGGACAGUAUAGGAUGCCCUGAUGGGUGUUCUGACACAUUUCCAUCCUUCACAGCCAUGCAUGACCACUGCUUGUUAGGAGAACAUCACUAUGACCUCCAGCAGCUGAGCACGUAUGAUAAAGUCAAGCUAAAAUGGUAUGACAUAUGUGUUAAUUUAUCAGAGAGCCUACAGUGUAAUAGUACACUGCUGGAUCCCAACAGUGAACUCUUAGCUGAAUCUAAUGAAAUUCAGGGGUGGGCUUUGAAGAAGGAAAAGAAACACGUUAGAUUUUCUGAGAAAGUUAAAACAUACCUUAGAUGCAUAUUUGCCGAAGGUGACAAGAAUGGUCAGAGGAUGAACUCACUUGCUGUUGCAAAAAACAUGAGAGUAGUGCAAGAAAAUGGCAAAAAAUUAUUUAAUCAUGAAGAUUAUUUGGAUUCAAGCCAAAUCAAUUCCUUUUUCUCACGGUUAGCUGCAGAGAAAAAAAUCCCACCAAAGUGUACUGAUGAUUUAGAUAGUACAAUGUUUCUGGUUGAGAAAAUUGAGGCCUUAGAUGAGGUUGCAUCCUUGUUUACUGAUUUAUAGAAUGAUCAUGUCCAUGUAGAUUUUUAUGCUUUAUGUACAUGUAUAUCAGAUUAAUUAUUAGAAUUACAGAGGUUGUAUAUAAAUCCUGAUAAUUUUCUUAUA